AUGUUGGGUGCAGAUUAUGGUGAACGUGGGGGACUUGCAGCUUCACGCGCAACCUCCGCUGUCCACUCCCCGGCCGACCAUUUCCCAUCCCCUGCACAACUUCCCUCCACGAGUCUUGAUGACACUGAUUCUUCCACUUGGUCCAGCUUGGGACGUUUGACUGCACAUACUUCAACCACCAACCUGUCGCCCUCCAAUCUCUCUCACAUUGCCGCUUCCAAUACCAAGCUCAAGUCCAACGAUACCCCAAGCUCCAAUCUGGAUCUCUCCACCCCCGAUUCCCAGGCUCGAAAUGAGUUGUUGCGGAACUCUGCCUUCGCCGACUGGGACGACCACGACACUGCUUCCUCGACUCUCGACAACCCAGAUGAACUGCAGAAACAGGACCCUCUGGGCACCCAGAUAUGGAAGCUGUACAGCCGCACAAAAUCUCGACUGCCCAACCAAGAGCGUAUGGAAAAUCUGACGUGGAGAAUGAUGGCCAUGAACCUUCGUCGUCGAGAGCAGCAGAUGCAAGCAGCACAGGCAGCGUAUGACAUGAAUGCCCGAGCGGCUGACGACUCUCUACAACUCGGUACUGACUCACUCCAUAGUGCAAAACAGACAAAGGUCAAGAGCCCGCCACAGAUGUCUGCUCCAAGCGGAAUCGCUCAGCAGCUACGCAGGUCUGUUGACCAGCAGCAGAUCGACCUGGACUUGACGUCUGAACCAAUGAAUCUCGAUGACUUUAUUGUUCCGAGUUCUAUUGCUUCGCCCGCGGGCAUCACAUCGCCUGCGCCGACAGACGGUCUGAUCCAGAACAGAGCCUCUCAAGGCUCUGGCAUUCGGAUCACCCCUCGUAACAAACCAGCAAUCCAGAUCCCCAUGAAUCUACCACCCUCGUCAAUGCCUCAGACAUCAAUCGCCCUGAACAGAUCCUCCGAGUUCGACUAUGUGCAGAGGCGAGUCAGAAAGACCAGCAUUGACGAGAGGCGCGGAAACCGCAAACGACCUGCUGAAUUCUCCCCUCAAGUGCCCCCAAUUGUCGUACCAAACGGUGCAACAGGAGCUGACAUCGACACUGGUCUACCUGACUAUGCACUGGAUCAACCAACCCCUUCCAACUUCGGCAACCAGCAUAACUUUCAAGGUCAAAUGUCUCUUCAUUUGGAUUCGUUCCAUCUGCAUGAUGACCCCAUUCUUACGUCCGCCGGACCGUAUCAACAGAACUUCACCUUUUCCCCAGCCGCCUCGCCCAUGGUAACCAAUGGUCCUUUCUCCAACAUAUACACGCAGUCUUCUAUUCCUUCGUCAUUAAACUCAACCGACUUUUAUUCCCCACCUCAGUCUGGGUUCCAUUCCACCGUCUCAACACCUCAACCAGGCCAUGAGGGUGAUACCCCACAGUACUAUUUCGACCACAACACCGGGCAUACGAGACCAAUGCCCUUCUAUCCCGCACAGAGAGCGCAACAGGUUAUGCCUUCUGUAGCCUCUCAAUUCGCCUACAACUCCAACAGCGAAUCUCUGUACGCCCCCAUGAAUGGGGUCGGCUCAGCACCAACCAUGAACGGCUUUGGAAUGCAACAGCACGUGGACCCAUCACGAGUUCUGAUUCCCGACUACGGGCAUCGUGCUUCUCCUGGUGUUUCAAUGAGUGGCAACGACAACCUAUUCCAUUUUGGAGCCGACUCAGACAACGAAGACGAUGAACCAACUUUUGGUGAUCGUAGUAUGGUUUUACAAUCGGAUUAUGGCCAAAUAGGCGAUCCUACUUUGGACCUGAACUCUGGUCUCCAAUGGGAACCCAGUGCCGCAGAGUUUGGCAGUAUGCAACGGUAUGGUGCAUCCAACAAACAAGUCCGCAUUGGAGGCACAGAGAUGGUCAACUCUCCUCCCGACUGGGGAUCUUCGAUUCUGAGCCGUACCCACGGCUCCGCUGCCUCCAUUAGUGACAUUCGCAAUAGAGAUCAAGAUUUGCGGCGCCAAAAGAUCCCUCGAACGACAUCAACACCUGCUUUGUCUGCUCAUCACAUGCAGUCGACCGAGAGCUCACCGGGAGAAUCUGGGUUUAGCAGCCGUCAGCCUUCUCGGCCAAACAGCCCUGGCCCCAAGAACACCGAUCAGAAUGGCGUGCCAACGACAUGCACCAAUUGUUUCACUCAAACCACACCGUUGUGGAGGCGUAAUCCAGAGGGCCACCCUCUCUGCAAUGCCUGUGGGCUGUUCUUGAAGCUUCACGGUGUCGUCCGACCUUUAUCUCUCAAAACUGAUGUGAUCAAGAAGCGAAAUCGCGGUAGUGGAGCAACGAUGCCCAUCGGAUCAGCAGCAACUCGAGCGUCAAAGAAGGCAACCAGGAAAAACUCGGUACAGCAAACACCCGCGACCACGCCUACGUCUGGCAAUGCAGCCAGUGAGCAAAAUUCGGCUUCCCCAGCUUCUGCCCAGGGAUCUACCAAUUCGGGCUCCGUUGUAACCACCCCCACCAGUUAUCCCCCUGGUACAAUUGGCGGAAAACCUGGAGUUGUGCCAAUAGCGGCUGCACCCCCCAAGCCGGCUGUGCAACCAGGCCCCAGUUUGACACGACCGGUGCAAGUGACGCCAAAACGCCAAAGGAGGCAGUCUCGUGCUUCCACAAGCACGCUCCCUGUAACAAAUGGUACUCAGGUCUCAAGCAGUGAGGCGGACAUGCUUGACAUGACAGCCACAAAGCCAGUCCCAGCCGCCAUCACCAGAGCCAAAGCAGCUAGUACGGUCGUCACAGCAGGUGCAACUACCAUGGCGUCUGUUAUGCAAGGAGGAUUGAUAACUCCAGGUAUGCAAACCAUGCCCGGUAACCCUCAUGGCAAUAGCCAAGAGUGGGAAUGGUUGACCAUGAGCUUGUGA